UUUUUAUUGUAUAAUAAUUAGUAACGAAUUUGUGGUAGUCAUGUGUUAAUUUUGUAAACAAAAAUAUAUUGAAUCCGCUCGAAAUGAGAUUGUUUUUAAAUCUCGGAAUAACUUCAACUAAACGAUUACUAUAUAUUAAUACCAAUCUAUUAAAUCAUUCUUCAUGUUGGAGUAAAAUGGCGACCGAAGUGGAAAAAGCCCAAGUUGCAGCUCCUACUGGAGAUACUAUUUUCGGAAAGAUACUUCGUAAAGAAAUACCUUGUAAUUUCAUUUAUGAAGAUGAUAAGUGUGUUGCAUUUCAAGAUAUAAAUGCUCAAGCACCAGUGCAUUUUCUAGUAAUUCCACGAAAACCAAUUUCACAACUUUCAAAAGCCGAAGAUGCGGACGAAGCUUUGUUGGGCCAUUUAAUGCUUAUUGCCCGUAAAGUGGCGAAGCAACAAGGCCUCGAUAAUGGUUUUCGUUUGGUUAUCAACGAUGGUAAACAUGGUGCACAAUCGGUAUAUCAUUUGCAUAUACAUGUUCUCGGUGGUCGCCAAAUGCACUGGCCCCCAGGUUAAAAAAUUCCAUUUCAUUUAAUACAAUUCUAUACGCAGUUUUAAAUUUUAAGAAAUAUCUUUUGUCAAUAAUAAAGUAUUGAGAAAAAUAUUGCUUAUAAUUAAUUAGUUUUAUUAUAAAAUUAAAAAUGUUAUAAUAUUCGAAAAAUAUUAUUUUGAAACCAAAUUAAAAAUCUAUUCUUUUUUAUAUACUUCAUAUACGAAUUGUAUAUUAUUUUCUUCUUGAAUUCCUUGUGGUAUGUUUGGAUCUCUAAAAGAAAAAAAAAAGAAAAAAGAAAAAAGAAAAAUAAAUUUAUAAUGAAUUUACUUUAUAAAGAACUUACUCUGUUAAAACAAAAUUAUUAGGGAUAGUUGGGAAAAAUGUAUCACACUCAAAAUAUUUUUUUAUUCUUGUCAAAUAUAAUCGAUAAAAAUUUGGAGAUUCCAUUGCUGCCUGCGAUUAAAUUUAAAUUAUAAUUAAAAAA